AUGGAGAAGGUGAAGCUAACUAGAAGUUAUUACCAUCAUCCCUCAAAUGUCCAGCUACAUGGUCACCCAAUUGGUACAGUGUUUCAACAAACUGUUAACAAAUAUCGAGAAAAAGAAGCUCUUAUUUUUCCUGAGGAUAACGUCAGAAUCACUUUUGAUGACCUGAAUAAGAGGUCGAAUGAAUUUGCUGGUGGUUUGACCAAGCUCGGUUUACAGCACGGCGAUCGAUUGGGAGUGUGGAGUGACAACCAUUUAGAGUGGGCUAUAGUGCAUUUAGCUGCAGCUAAGAUAGGUUUACCAGUGGUUCACCUGCAAGUUGGUUUCCGAGCUCAUCAGUUAGUGCCUUUACUACACAAGACCAAAUGCACGGCUUUAGUGAUGGGUCUCGCUUCUCGUGAUUUAUUCACAGAGAUCCAUGAGGUAGUACCGGAUUUAAAGGACGCCAAGGCCGGAGAGCUACAGAGUACUCAUAUUCCAACUCUUCGCGUAGUUAUAAAUCUUGACGCACAGUGUCACCCAGGAACAUUCAAGUUCAACACCAUAUUAGAUUUAGGAAAACAACUAGAUCCCGGUAAACUACUAGAAAGAAUGAAUAAAGUAGAAGUGGAUGAUUUAUCUGCUAUCUUUUUCACUUCUGGCAGCACAGGUACCCCUAAGGCAAUUGUACAUACACAUGGAACCCAGAUAAAUAAAUAUAUUGUAUUAUUUGGCAGUGGUUUGGUAGAUAACCAUUAUUCAAAAUCGUUUAUGACGUCACCAUUUGCACAUUUAGGUGGGGCAGAUUGUGGACUGAUGUUUCCUGCCAUCAGUGGAGCAACUGUUGUGAUUGGUUCACCCAAAAUGGAAGCCAGCGACAUUAUUAAAAUCUUGAUAGAUGAGCAAAUUGAGAGCUUAUUCCUUCUUCCUCAUUUAAUGUUUGAUAUAAUUAACUUUUGUCGAACUGAGCAACUUAGCUUUCCGUCAUUAAAGACAGCAUAUACAGGUGGGUCAAUGAUGCCCGACAGACUUUUGAAAUCGAUAUCUGAAGUUCUUAAAGCUAAAGUGUUCAGAGUUUAUAGUUCAACUGAAGCUGGUGGAGUUCUUAUGCAUCGAACUGACUCUCCACUUGAACUAACUAUUUCAACAGAUGGCUUUCCUUCUGUCGGCUGUGAGGUCAAAGUCGUUGAUGCCACCGGGCGUAUUGCACCAGUCAAUGUGUGUGGUGAACUUUGGGCACGAAAUUCAUUCUUAUUCCUAUACUAUCUUGGAGAUAAUGAGAAGACCCAAGAAGUUAAAACUCCUGAUGGCUGGUACCGCACAGGAGAUUUGGCAGUCAUGAAUGAACAAUCGUAUUGUCGAAUAGUUGGAAGAAAGACAGAUACUAUCAUACGAGCUGCACUGAAUAUAUACCCGGCAGAGAUUGAAAAUGUACUUAUACAGCAUCCUAAAGUGAAGAUGGUGCAGGUCGUCCCAAUACCGGAUGAGAGGCUUCAUCAAGAAAGUGGUGGUCGUCGCGCCACGCGUGCGCGAGAUAUGUGUCUUAUAUUAACAACGAUGGCGAUUUUGACCAACAAGUACGAACCGAGGCGUUACCAAGCUUUAACUAG